GUGUCGUUUGGUGUUGUCAGGGUCAGUGUCUGAGUUUAGCAUCUGACAUUUGUGUUGGUGCUCUUUGUGUGUCCACCGAUACAGUACAGCAUGAUUCUAGAUAAGGAGUGAGCUUCUCGUCCUUCUUUCUGUUUCAUUUAACCGACAGCUAGAAUGGCUACUGCAAAUGGGAAUACAACAACGGAAAAAGCUGCUGUCAAAUUUAUGGAAGAUGACUGUUUCAGAUGCAACGCUUUUCUGAUUAUCAACGAAAUGGUUGCAUUAGGUGGAAGAAGUUUUUCAGUGUUAGUGGACGAGGUAUGUCCGAUGGUAACUGUUCUGAACUUUUGAAAAUGUCUGUCUGUCUUUCACUGUGUCAUAAUGUAGCUGUACACAUUAUGCUUCUCUACGACACAGAAAGUGAUCUAUUUUCAUAUGUUUUUUCUUUGACAUCACAGAUUCUGCACAGCAUCUUCUUUCUGGGAGAAAUCAACAACCCACGAUAUACCCCCAAACAUAUUGUGAGUGAUGAUGAAAUGUUGAAAGCAUUGAGGGACCACUACCCUGGGCCUUUUAAACGCUGCUCCUCCCAACUACCCAAGCGGAGUCCAUUUUCAUGUGUGCUGGACAUGAUUGUACUCCUGACUGGACAACAGAAUGAAAAUCAAAUAAUAAACAGGCUUCGGCAGCUCAUCAAGAAGCUGGGUGCAUCAAAUGAUCUGGUCUCCUCCACCGUCUGUGUCUCUCAGAAGGAAGCUGCAGAAGAUUCAGUCAGAUACUACGGAGUCUCCAUGUCCACUUCUUGCCGUUAUCCUGGGCGAAUCAUUGUUGCUGCAUGUUGUCUCAGCACUUGGGACAGUUACGUAGCUGAUGCAGUGAUGAGCUACUAUCCAUCUAAGAAGAAGAAGAAGUCAUAUUUUGAUGGAACCAUCAGACUUCCAGAGCAGGUCAGGUGUCAGGGGUUCAGCCUCAGACGAGUAAAACAAAUGGAUCCGUGCAGGUCAUGUGGGAAUGCGUUUGGUUUGACAACAGGUGAAAAACAGGUAUGGCCUUAUGGCCACUGUGCUGAAGCUGAAAGUCUGAGCAACUUGCUUAAAAAUGAGAAAGAAAUAAGAGAGCUAGUGCAGCAAACAUCUCAUCUCAGCACAGACGAGAACAGGCAGAAGGCUAAAAACAGUGUCAUGAAAGAGCUUAGACAUUAUCUGAGGAUGGUGGAAUUUAAAUGGGAUAGUGAGUUCUACAUCCCAAGAGGAGCAGCAGAAGAUCAGGAGCGAAGCUGAAGAGGUCACUGUGUUUGAUCCAUAAUAACACAGCUUAGAGAAUUCUUGACAUUUUAAAAGUUAUUGUUUUGGUAAAAUUUUCUUGUGACGCUUUAGGAACUGAAAUUAUUAUUAUUUCUGAUGAUGUAAAAUUAAUGUGAUCAGAGCUCUAAAUAUGUCCUGCUUGUCAUCACAAAUUAUUCAUGGUCCAGCUGCAUACAACUGUAAGGUAAAAAGUGCAGAUGUGAUCAUGGCAAAGACUGUAUGCCAAAUGUGUGUCGACUGUUUGAAAAUGAAAAACAAAUUGAUGUAUUUUUUAUGCCACUCCAAAUAAAUAAUUGUUAUCUAAAGUCGUC